UCUAAAUCACUUAUUGCUUGACUGUAAUUAAUGAUAUAAAGUGUGUAUUUUCUCAGAUAUGUAUUGUUAUAAAUAUACUGUGACGUAAAUAUUUCAAUUGGUUUACGGUUUAACAAUUUUGCUUGUUGAAACAUCAAAAUGGAAGUGUUUUCUGUGUCUACGGUUCCUAGAUUGUCUGAUGUGUUUAAAUAUUAUUAUUGUACAGUGUGCGAGAAAGAACGGUCUGUAGAAGUAGACGCAGAGUUUUAUUGUAAAAAAUGUCUGCAUUAUUUUUGUGGUCAAUGUAUUAACUCCCAUAGACAGCAUGGUCUGUGGUUUUAUAAACCUUAUGGAAAGGAUAAAAUAAUGAAAUGGCCGCUUUCUAAGCAGAUGGAGAAUUCUCUUAUAACAUGUGACAUACACAAGAACGACACAUUAACUAUGUUGUGCAAUGACCAUAGUCAGCUGUGCUGCUCUAAAUGCGUUAAGCUUAGUUACAGUCUGUGCUUUCAAGUGACCACAUUACACCAGGCUGCCAAAACGAGGUCAACUGACUUCAAUUAUCUGUCUGUGAGAACGCAAAAUACUCUUUCACAAAUGGAAAAGUUUCAAACCUACCAGCAGGACAAAAUAAAAUCUCUACAGGUUUUAUACAAUGAACAUGAGAAGCUUAUGGUAGCGCGCAUGCGUGUGAAUAUAUCAUGCUUUUUACUACAGUGUGAAAACAACACAAUGAAUGAAACACAUGAACAUGUGCAAUACACAGUAAAUGAAAUACGCGGGAAAAUCAAAUCUAUGUUAGCCGAUUUUGAAAAAAGCACUGUCAAUGAAAAGAAAAGAGAUCUGAGACUACAGAAAGCUCCUCUUAUUUGUAUGAGAAACAGCUGCACCAGGCUUCAUAAUGAAUUGUUUCAUCUUCAUGUAGCCAUAAAGAAAGUACAUGUUAGACCCGAACUCUUUUUUAUUGCCAGGAAAAAAUGUCAGGAAAAAAUAAAAGAGUCUGACACAUUUUUAAAAGAGAGCUUUGCAAACCAAGUUUUCCUAGUGAAUGGAAAGUCGGAUUACUCUGUUAACAUGCCAAGUGAUUUACACACAUGCAGAAUCACAGCCAUAUGUGUCAUCCCAAAUGGGCAGGUCGUGGUUGCAGACUUGGAUAAUAGAAAGGUCAAGCUGCUCAACCAGCAGAACGAGGUGGUUAAUCACUGGACAGCGGGCGGUUCUCCAUUGGACAUGUGUCAGAUAACACCAAGUGAGGUGGUAGUAGCUGUGGAUGAUAACAACAUACAUGAGGUCCAGUUUAUUACAGUCAAAACAAGGCAGCUAUUGCCAGGCAGGAAAUUUCAGUUACAACAUAGAUGUAUUGGUAUUGCCAACCACCAGCGAUUCUUGUUUGUCACUUCUGGUUCUACGCUAUACAAGUACUCUCUGGGUGGAAAACUGGUCAGCAAAGUAUAUGAGAAUACAUCCGGUGAUGAAACAGUAAAGAGGUGUGCUGUAAGUCCCGACGGGGACAAAUUGUACAUUACUGACCCCUGGCAGGACACGCUCCUCACCCUUGCCAGGGAUGGACAAGUUCUAGCUAUCUUUAAAGAUCCAGAACUAUGCGGCCCCCAGGGUGUAAAUGUUACCCCUGCAGGUCAAGUGCUAUUAUGUGGAUACGUGUCCCACAAUAUAAUGCAGGUGGACAAUAAGGGAAUGAAAAAUCUGUCAACACUGGCUACACGAGAGAGGGAUGGAGUGGAGCUCCCAUGGUCAGUCUGCUACAACAGCAUCACAUCCACCAUGAUUGUGGGACUAUAUAAGAGUAACAACAUAUUGGUGUUCAAAGUGGAGUAGCGUUUAGAUGUAUGAAAAAGAUGUUUUCUUUGUGAUUACUAUUUCAAUAUUUGUGUAAACAUAUUGUUACUAGCUUAUAAUAUAUGAAUUAAGUACUGAUAUUUAAUAAUCAUUUCGGCAUUUAUUCCGAGAGGUAAUUUCUUUCUUAAAAAUGAUAUGAUAGUAUUAAAGAAAUACUGCAUGUUAAUCUAUACAAUCGCACUUUUCUAUAAAAACAAGUCAACUGACUGAAACGAUGUGCUCGCAGCGUAAUGAUAUUAAACAAGUUUCAAACACGUCAACGGUUCAUGUUUUCAGUAAAAAAGCAUUUUUUACACACUAGACACGCAAAUCGACGUCGAUGGUAACAUGUAUUGUGUUUGUUACGAUGUAUCAGGUUAAGUGAAUUCGAUUUUAUAGAGAUAUUAGAGACUUAAUGUCUUCCAGUCUAUGCUGCGGGAAUAUUGUUUUUGCCCUGUCUGUUUGUUGGCUUGUUUGCGUCAAACUUUAACAUUUGCCAUAACUUUUGCAAUAUUGAAGAUAGCAACUUGAUAUUUGGAAUGCAUGUGAAUCUCAUGAAGCUGCAUAUUUUGAGUGGUGAAAGGUCAAGGUAAAAGUCAUCCUUCAAGGUUAAAGGUCAAAUAUAUGGGGGGACGUAGUAUUUUACAAACACAUAUUGUUAACAUUGGCUUUGCCUUUAUCAGGAAGAACUUUUAGUUGUACGUAUGUACUCAUAAAAGCUCAAAGCAUUCAAGCAGAACAAGGUCAAUCCGCUGCGAAAAAGGUUCAAUAUGUUUGUUGUUGUUUUUUUUGCAAAAUGCUCCGAUUCUCCAAAGAAAUACAAUGAACAUUUUUUGUCCAGAUUUUGAAGCAAUUUUGAUAAAAAAAAAAUACAUUGCGCUAUAACUACU